UCUGUUUAUACUCGCAUGACCUGUCAGAUUUUACAGAUUUUUUAUUGCAAUGAAUGGCAUAAUGCAAAAAGUGGUAAAACCUAUAAAAAUAUUAAUCCGGCCAAUGAAGAAGUUAUAGCUGAUAUUCAGGAAGGUGAUAAGGAUGAUAUUAAUUCUGCAGUUGAAUCAGCUAACAAAGCUUUUGAAAUGGGAUCUGAAUGGAGAGAAACUGAUGCUACCUCAAGAGCAAUUAUGAUUAACAAAUUGGCUGAUCUAAUAAUGCAAAAUUUAUCAUUGAUUUCAACCCUAGAAUCCUUAGAUACUGGCAAACCAUUUAAAACCUCGAUUGAAGAUGUUAUAUUAUCUUGUAAGGUGUUGAGGUAUUUUGCUGGAUGGAGUGACAAAAUAUGUGGACGAACUAUACCAGUUGAUGGUAAAUUCUUCACUUAUACGAGAAGGGAACCGGUUGGUGUGAUUGGUGCUAUAGUUCCGUGGAAUUACCCUUUACUUCUAAUGAUAUAUAAACUGGCUCCUGCACUUGCCACUGGUUGUACAAUCGUGUUUAAGCCAGCAUAUCAGACCCCAUUAACGGCUCUUUACAUAGCAUUUUUCUGCAAAGAGGUGGGAUUUCCUUCUGGAGUAAUAAAUGUUGUGCCUGGUAAAGGAACCGAGGCUGGUACAGCCCUGGCAAUGCAUCCGAAAGUUGAUAAAAUUUCUUUCACUGGUUCCACUGAGGUAGGAAAAAAGAUAAUGGAAGCAAGUGCUAAAUCAAAUCUCAAGAGAGUGACUCUUGAACUGGGCGGAAAAAGUCCCACUAUAGUUUUGGAUGACGUUAAUGUCAACGUCGCUGUCGAAAUUGCCCAAGAUGCCUGUUAUAGUAAUAUGGGUGAAUGCUGCUCUGCUGGUACUCGAACCUUUGUUCAAACAGAAAUAUAUGAAGAAUUCGUCCAAAAAUCAGCUGAGAGAGCGCGCAAGCUUGCACAAGUCUUUGGGGACCCCUUUAACAAGAGCACUAAAUAUGGACCUCAAAUCAGUGAAAAGCAAUUAAAGAAAAUUUUGGAAAUGAUUAAACAGGGUAUUAAAGAAGGUGCAAAAUUAGAAGUUGGUGGCAAGAGGAAAGGAGGCUCUAAAGGUUUUUAUAUGGAGCCUACACUUUUUUCUGGCGUUGAAGAUGAUAUGAAAAUCGCGACUGAUGAAAUUUUCGGUCCAGUUCAACAAAUUCUGAAAUUCGAUACUAUAGAGGAGGUAAUCCGACGUGCUAACAAUACAAAUUACGGACUAGCUUCCGGUAUAAUUACUAAUGAUUUGGACAAUAUGCUUUACAUAUCUUCAGCACUCAGGGCUGGCACCGUUUGGGUGAAUUGUUACCAGGAAAUCAAGGUUCAAGCUCCGUUUGGGGGAUAUAAGGAAUCCGGGUUCGGAAGAGAGUUGGGAGAAGAUUGUUUAAACACUUACACCGAAGUUAAAACGGUGAUUAUCAAAACUAAUAAAAAAUUGCCUUAAAUAUAGGAUUUUGGAUUUAUUUACCCACUUAUAUUUUUUUUAUUGAAAACUGAUUUUUGUCUUUUUUAAAUGUUACUUUAAUAUAGAUUUAUAUAUCAUAUAUUAUUUAAUGUAGAUUUAGUCUGUGUCAUAUUAAAAUUUUAAAAAAUGUUUUGUAUUUUAUAAAAAUUAUAAUUGUGC